ACUGUGCCAGUUGUUCGUCUCGAUCGAUGCUCAGUCAUCGACAAGUUGCCAAACAAAGCGACAUUAAAUAAAAUAAAACAAAUACUUGCUUGCAAUUUUCCACUGCUCGAGUCUGAUUUAAGUAUUUUACAAAAGUAUUUAUACUACAUUCAUAGCGGCGGGCCUUAUCAGAAACUACUCAAUGGCUGAACAGAACGAACCAUUGUGCGGUGGGAUAUCGAGAGAGCUGCAGGGCGCUGAUUUACAGGAUGCCCUGGAUAUAUUGAACACAUCGCUGGACAAAUUGGCCGGCAUGGGCGGUAAGCCCAGCUUAAAGGUUGUUAAAGUGAAGUCUGUGACGUCACAGGUAGUCGCCGGCACUCUCUAUCGCUACAAGGUUCAACUCGCCCAGGGCGAUGCCAUCAAAGAGAGCGAUGUGAAGAUCUGGACACGGCCCUGGCUGUCAGAGAACGGCACCAAUAUAACAAUCAACCUAGAGGGCAAUGACAACGUUAUCGAAAGCACUUUUUAAACUAACUUCCCUUUGUGUGUUAAAUAAAUGAUUAGUUUUUAUUUUUUA